AUGGCGGUGGGCUCCGAUGGCGGCGGCGGCGUCGUGCGCCGGCGCGGGUGCUCGUGCUCCAAGGAGGACUUCUUCCCGGAGGAGUCCUUCUCGAGCUGGGCGGCGUACGGGCGCGCGCUGCGGAGCACGGGGCACCGGCUGGCGGACCGGCUGACGUCCCGGUCGCUGGAGGCGACGGAGCUUCACGAGGUGCGCGCCCGGAGCGGCGCCGACAUGAAGCGGGACCUCACGUGGUGGGACCUCGCCUGGUUCGGCGUCGGAGCCGUCAUCGGCGCUGGCAUCUUCGUGCUCACGGGGCAGGAGGCCAAGGAGGUCGCCGGCCCCGCCGUCGUCCUCUCCUACGUCGUCUCCGGGGUCUCCGCCAUGCUCUCCGUCUUCUGCUACACCGAGUUCGCCGUCGAGAUACCCGUCGCAGGCGGUUCAUUCGCGUACCUCCGGGUGGAGCUGGGCGACUUCAUGGCGUUCGUGGGGGCGGGCAACAUCCUUCUGGAGUACUGCAUCGGCGGCGCGGCGGUGGCGCGCGCGUGGACGUCCUACUUCGCGACGCUGCUCAACCAAGAGCCCGACCGGUUCCGCAUCCACGCCACCUCACUCCACGAGGACUACUCCCGCCUCGACCCCAUCGCCGUCGUCGUCAUCGUGCUCAUCUGCGCCUUCGCCGUCAUCAGCACCAAGGGCUCCUCCCGCUUCAACUACAUCCUCUCCAUCGUCCACAUCGGGGUCAUCCUCUUCAUCAUCGUCGCCGGGCUCACCAAGGCCGACACCGCCAACAUGCGCGACUUCACGCACUUUGGUGCCCGGGGCAUCUUCGCAGCCUCCGCGGUGCUCUUCUUCGCCUACAUCGGCUUCGACGCCGUCAGCACCAUGGCCGAGGAGACCAAGAACCCGGCGCGCGACAUCCCCAUCGGCCUCGUGGGGUCAAUGGCCAUCACCACGGGGCUCUACUGCGUCCUCGCCGUCACUCUCUGCCUCAUGGUGCCGUUCGCCGAGAUCGAUAAGGACGCGCCCUUCUCCGUCGCCUUCUCCCAGAGGGGCAUGAACUGGGCCAAGUACAUCGUGGCCUUCGGCGCCCUCAAGGGGAUGACCACCGUGCUGCUCGUCAGCGCCGUCGGCCAGGCGCGCUACCUCACCCACAUCGCCCGCACGCACAUGAUGCCGCCCUGGCUCGCGCAGGUGCACCCCACGACGGGCACGCCAGUCAACGCCACCGUCGUCAUGCUCUUCGCCACCGCCGUCAUCGCCUUCUUCACCGACCUCGGCAUCCUCUCCAACCUCCUCUCCAUCUCCACGCUCUUCAUCUUCAUGCUCGUUGCCGUCUCGCUGCUCGUCCGGCGUUACUACGUCACCGGCGAGACCACAGCCGCCAAUCGCAACAAGCUCGUCGUGUGCAUCGUGGCCAUCCUGCUGUCGUCGAUCGCGACGGCGACGUACUGGGGGCUGGACCGCAAGAGCUGGGUGCCGUACGCCGUGACCGUGCCGGCGUGGCUCGUGUCGACGGCGUGCCUGUGGGCGUUCGUGCCACAGGCGAGGACGCCCAAGCUGUGGGGGACACCGCUGGUGCCAUGGCUGCCGUCGGUGUCCAUCGCCAUGAACAUCUUCCUGCUCGGCUCCAUCGACGCCAAGUCGUUCGAGCGGUUCGGGUUUUGGACCGCGGGGCUGCUCGUCUACUACAUCUUUAUCGGGUUGCACGCGUCCUACGACGAGUCCAAGGCGCUUGCAGCCGAGGCCGCCGCCCGCAAGGUGGAGGACGGGCAGGUGCUGCCACCGACCAACGGCAAGUGAUCAAUACCAUCAGCGCGGCCUGGUCCGGCCCGAUCUAUCUGUGGAGGAUUACAACGUGUGUGACGUGACAUUGCGAAUUAUAAUCUGUUGGUGUUGUACAGUUACUUCAGUAUGAUAUGCACGAACCAGAACUUACUUGUGCCAAGUUGUUUA